AUGCAACCGGAGGGCUCCCAACCGGCUUCACCGACGGGGGCCUUUGCGCCUUCGAGUCUUCGUGGCGCCGGCCAUACAGUAGGUACAAACCACGGGGUUUCUACUUCUUUACCAAGGGCCGGCUUGCCAGAAACAAGGAACCCGAGUAUAAGUGAGCCUACAAAAGAGGGGCUGAAGAAGGCCUCCAGCAUUCUUCUGGAGCUGGAGGCUGGGAAAAGGGAAGCGGAAGAGAGGAACGCCCUCAACGCAAAGCUUUUCGAGCUGGGCACAGAAUUGAGUAAAGUUAGACGCGUAAAUGACAUUCUGGAGGCGGAAAAUGCAGAUCUGCGGGAGCGUAUUUUGCAUCAACAGCAAGCCUACCCUGAGGCCGCGGAAAUCCGUGCGCUUGCCCGACGUUACGGGCCCGAGUUGGCCAAAAGUAUCAGCCUCUUGAUUGACGAGAACAAAUCCUUGAGGCUGAAGUUACAGGCUUCUAUUCGCGCACAAGCCCGCCUACAAGGCACGGCAGCGACAUUGGGCAACGCAUUGAGAGAGCAUGAAGAACGUGCGUAUGCGAGGGAACUUGCAUCGGCGGGUCGCCCCUACAGCCAAGCAGCGGCUGCCAGAGAGGCGGAUCUCAACGAAACGAACAACCUGUUGCCGAGAAGUGGCCAAGAUGCCUUUGGUGAUCAGCCGCGGUCACCAUCUGGUGGAAACUUCGUUAGGCGGUACUGCGCUUGCUCGGAGAAGCUCCAAGAAAUUUUGGAUUGCAUUGAUUCUCAAAUGGGUGACUACGAGAGAGGUGUAUGGCAAACGCACAUCAAUGUACUGGAGGAAGAACGAGAUAGUCUCAUGCUGAAGACGAUAGUGAUGAGGCAGCGACUAGCGGAAGUUCAGGCAAGAAUUGUGUCUGACCCCUUCCUCGCUGCACGCUUUGGAGGAGCCGGGGCUGCCGAAGAGGCGGUAGGAUUGGGCCAGGGGCGCAACGCAAUGAUGGAUCUGAGAGACACAAUUGUCCAGCUCGCAACAGCGCAGGCAAGUAUAUGGAAGCAAGAUGUCAAUGCCGAGCUGGAGAGGCGGCUGGCAACCGAACGAAACAUAUCCCGCAGUUGGCAGGCGAACCUAAGGGCUUUGCAGAGAGAGCUCAGAGAUCAUCUGGCCGAUCUGGCUGUUGCUGCCCGGGCGUCUGGGCUUCGAUGUGACGUGCUUCGAGGAACAAUUGCCCAGGCAGGGGAGGCGGCUGCGCUCAAGGAGAUUCAGGGAUUCACCAGGAGCGAGAAGGAGAGUCUGAGGCUUUUACGCCUUGCCAGGGAUAGGAUAGCGGCCGAUGCUCACAGGCUCGAAAGCUAUUCCAUCCGAGUGCGGGAGCUCGAGCAGGAAGUCGCCGAUCUGCGGUGCGACAUGACACGGCUCGACACAGGAAACACAGAAGAAUGGGAUUCGGACGCCCAGGUUUUUGACUGCGACUACCACCCAUGUGCUGCUUUACCAGGGAGCGAUGCUGUUCCGUCUGACACUGACUGCAACGUCGCAGCACUGCGCACAGCCAAACAGUUGCUGAUCGAUCGCGAAGAAACAGAAAAGGUGAUAAGAGCACUGGAGGACAGGAAACGCCAGAUACACGAGCAACAAGAAAACAUUGUACCUAGUGCAGAAGGAACCCAUUCAGCAAAGCUUGAAUCCGGGGACUCCGUGCAACCAUGUGAAGAUAGCAGUGCACCAGGAAGUCUAGAAAUGCCUUCGACAGACUCUGCUUUUCCUGGCAGCCAAAUUGGAUCAGGAAGCUCCAGCAAAAAAUUGUGGGACGCGCUGACGACAGAUCAGGCGCGGGACAUUUUCCGGCGCCUUGCUGUGCUCCGGAAGAUAGCGAGCAAUGCCAAUCUCCGCCUCGAGGAGAGCAAGCAAGCUGGUGACUCCAUAGUGAAGCCUUCCUCCUUAUCUGGCCCUUCCGAGGGCUGGCAAAAGUUGAAGCAGCUCACCAAAGACAUAGACCAGAGGGAGGUUGCGCUGCAGCAAGCUGAGGAAGCAAUGCAAGCUCGAUCAGCACUCCGCAGAGUGGAAGCUGAGCAUAAGAAGAAGAUGAGGAAGAAAGAGGAGGAAUUUGAAGAACAGAGGCGCAGAGAUGCCAUGGAAGCCCGUGAAGAGAUGAUGAAACAACAGAAACAAUACGAGCAGCAGUUAGCAAAAGAGCGAGAUCGUUGCGAAUCUCUCCGGAAGGAAAUGGAGGUUCAAGCUAUGGAACUAGAUCUACAGAGACAGUUGGCAGAGGAAAGGAUUCGGGAGCGGUCACAGAAACAAAGUUUGGAGCUGGAGGAGGAGCUGCAUAAGCUCCGCAUGAAGCACCGGGAACUGGAAUGCGAAAUGCAAAGGAUCAAAGGGGACGCUGCGCGAGAGGCUUUGGCCCUCAAGUCUGCUGCAACCGAAGAGAGAGCUGCUCUUUCUGCUGCCGCCCAAUCUGCGGAACGGAAGGCAACUGAAGCUCUAAAGUUGGUGAGGGAGAAGGAAUUGGAGCUGAAGGAGAUGGAAGAAAAGCUUCAGCAAUCCCUUGCAAGCGGUACUGUUGGAGCGCCUGCAUUGUACCCUUCUACCCAGAAGGCAGCAAAGAAAGGUCCCGUCACCGGCCUGAAGAAAUUCCAGGCGGCGGCUCAGAAGGUUGCAAUAGGACAAACGUUUAGCAGGCUUGCAAAGAACAAACGCUCCAAAACAAUAAAUCCGGCGGCUUCCACAAGGGUUUCGGGUGCCCCGGAAAGGCCAGUACCGAAACUGCUUUCGCCCAGAUCGUCGUUUAAGAAGCUUCUUCUCGGGAAGUGCACGUCUCUUGCCCGUGGUUUCAACCACAUGGAUGUUGAUCACUCGGGAAUGGUGAAGAUCAGCGAGUUUGCCAACUUUGUUGACGAUUUGGGCAUGAACCUGCCAUUCAGUGCCACACACGACCUCUACAACGCUCUUUGUGCCCCUUGCGAGGGCAUCCUGAUAUUCGGAGAUGUGGAGCAGCCAUUCAAUGACGCAGAAAUACCUCCAGAAGGACGCGUGACCCAGGAUCAGUUCCUCGCUAUUGCUGGCCAAGCUGGAAUCUCACCAGCAUGUGCAAAUAAUCUUUGGACCGAGAUGGACAGAGCGAACCGGGGCAGUCUUCAGAGAGAAAACGUGCUGCUGCUGCUCGAAGACAAUGUUGACCCGGAAGAGGUUGAACGGGUGGAGCGGGAUGCAGCUAAUGUACUGAGUAAUGUACUCAAUGUCUUUUCGGGAGCUCCGACGGCUCCGAAGCCUGAAGCGAAGAUUUGCAAACGCUCAUCCUUCAAGAAGCUCACCUACACAGCUACUCGCCGGGAACUAGGGUUCACCGACAAUGAGACCCAAGUUGAUACGGUGUUGGCAGACUUUCCUCCGUGGGAUUGCAUGUACCCGGAGGAUCGCAAAGCCAUGAUCGGUGAUAUGAAGUCACGUACUGUGGCUGAAGGAGAGCUCAUUCAAGCAGAAGACGAUCCCAAAUGUCCACUGUACGUCAUUUUAAAGGGGACAGUGGACAUACUAGAGCCGGGUUUUAUUCAAUACAGUCAUCUUGAGAGCUUGAGUGCGCCGUGCUUGCUGUUCUCCGAUAAUAUAAUCGAGGGAACGCCCAACGUCGCUUGCGCCAAGGCGGGAAAGGGCGAAGACGUUUUCUUGUAUUCGCUCGAAAGAACCGUCUUCGAGAGGUCCUACGAGCCGCUCGCUAUUCAGAGGCAGCGAGAAGUGGAGGAGUACCAAAAGCUGCUCCGGAAAGUACCAGUGGUUAAUAAGCUCAACCCUGAGUUGCUGAGAUGCCUUGCUGCGACAUUCAGGAAGCAGACAUUUCAUGCAGGAGAGAAGAUUAUUGACAAGGGAGACUCAGCAAACCGCGUACUGAUGGUAAAGGAUGGAGAGGCGGUUGCUGUCGGGCUCACGGAUACAGACGAAGAGCUGGAGCUCCGAAUUUAUGAACCACUUGAUUUUUUCGGCGAUAUUACGACGGUCAAGGGUCGGUCUCACACUGCGUCAGUCAAGGCCCAAACCGAUUGCACAGUCUUGUCUAUUGAGAGCGACAUAUUUUACAGUGUCCUACGCAAACUGGAAAUGGAAUUCCGAAGGCGAACCGGGCGUAGUUCCACAGUGGACAGCAUCAUCGUGAGUAUGCACAGUCGAGCCAAAAUUGGGGUAGUAAGUGAAGGAGAUCGAGAUACUGAGGACUAUGCAUCGAUACCCGCGGAAGCUUCGGGAGCAGCUACGGCUUUUCUGUCUGAUUACCCUGAGGGCAACCCUGCGACCUCCACGACACUGGCUAUUCCGGAACAAGAAAAGACACUCGUUGACCAAGAACUCAUCGAGAGACUGCUACAGGAAGACACUGAAAGGAUGAGAGAAGAAUGCAGUCUGCUUUUAGAAGCACUUCCGGUGUUCAAGGAUCUGCCAAAGGAGCGUAGGCAAGAAUUGUGCAAUCGGAUGGCCCUAGAAAUAUAUUUCCCCAACCAAGCAAUUGUAUUACAGGGCGAAGCACCUGACAAGCUUUAUGUUGUCGAAUCAGGGACGGUUUCCAUCGAGAUAUACUUAGGAUGCGGUAAGAUGCAGAAAAUCGGGGAGCUGACGUCCGGGUCGUUUUUCGGAGAAAUAUCCAUAAUCAAGAACGAACCAAGGAUAGCUUCUAUCAUUGCCCUCACACCUGUGUAUGCGCUGAAAGCUGAAGACUUCAAAGCGUUGUUAGGUGAUCUAGAUGAGCCCUUUCUGGAGCAUGCGAAGUCCGUGUAUAGUCAGAAAGCUGUGAAAUCCAUAACAGGGGAGGACAAGCAUACUCAACUGAGUGAAGAAGAACUUCCCCAAGUGGUGCAUCUUCUUUCCGGUGUCCAUGUCAUCAAGCUUCUAAGCCUCGAAGAACUGCAUGAGCUUGCACGCGCUUUCCAGGUGAUGGAGAUACGGGAACGUGAAGUGAUUAUGCACGAGGGCGACCCAGCAGACAAGUUCUGCAUUGUACUUGAGGGGAUGGUUUCUAUCCAAAAGUCACCUGAACCCGGUAAACCGCGGAAGGAAGUUGCGGUAGUGAAGGCAGGAGAGUAUCUAGGGGAAAUCGGGUUCCUGAACAACCAGCCUAGGACAGCAAGCUGCGUUGCAAAAACGAAGGUUAAGCUGCUGUCUCUGGGCCGCGCUGAGUUUGUCAAGUACUUGGGUCACUUGGCAGAUGCCUUUUUACAACAAGCGGAGAGCGCGUACUCGGCCUCCGAGACUGAAAUGCCAGAAUGGCUCCGGGAUUCGAAGACACAAGGCUCCUCUCACCAACUUCAUGCUCUUCCAGAUUCAAGUGAAGAAACAGAAGAGACCGAGGGGGAACUCAGUUCAGGAAGCCACAUAACUUUGUCUGGAAAUGCUGAUGCCAAGACACACAAGGAAAAACGGGAGAAGAAAUUGACAGAGGGCAUCAGUGAAGAUACACUCGUGACCGCUGCUGUUUCAGAGCAUGAAGAAGACGAGAAGAAAAAGAAAAAGAAAAAGAAAUCUGGAGGCAAGGACACGUCUAAGGAGAAGCAUGCAUCAACAAACAGUAAAAGCUCUCGAGCCGUUGCGUCCAUUCCCCCAGGGGAACUGGAUCGCUUGAGGGAACUCGUUGCGGGCACGUUUAAGAAUAAGUACGGGUCGCUUGCCCACGCAUUUGCGGAAAUGGACGUCAACAAAAGCGACAUUGUGGACGCGGAUCAGGAGUUCUACGCGUUCACAAAAAAAAGUAAUAUUCGCGGAUUCCAAAAACGAGAAAUCGACGCUCUCUUUGACGAACUGUGCCGCCCAAUCAAGGGACGAUUGGUCGUAGGCAACUUGUAUCGCAACGCUAGAGGCGUGGAGCCCACAGGAGCAGAAAUCCACCUACGAGCAGUUGAGAUUUAUGGCUCGGCGUUGUCUGCUUUCCAUAAGGCUGCAGGCCUCGAAGCCACGGAUCUUUGUACUCAGGAAAAUUUCACCAGCUUGAGUGCUGAAGUUGGUGUUGACAACGACAAGGCUGAAAGGAUAUGGGAUGAAUAUGUCAAAGGGGUCCGGUCUGGGGAUGGUCGCAUUACCUUGUCUACGCUCAUCGGCCUCAUGUCAGGAACAGUAGAGGAAAAAACAGCUUCUGGAGUACCCGAAGCCACCGCAGCGGAAACAUCAGGGGCACCUGCCGUUACAGGUAGCCAGAACACCAGCGAGCCAAGUGACUCGCUGAUCCAAGGCAUGGGAGGCGAAGUUGCAGAGAGUUGGCCGUUGGUAUCCAUCUCGUCAUCGAUGUUUGACUCUUCGGAGCCCUUAGGCUUGAUCACACUUGUUUCAACCGUUGGUUCUUGGGUUUCUGCGGCUUUUGACAAGCAUGACGAAGAAGCAGAAGAUGAAGGAGACGAUGAAGGAGACGAAGGAAAAGAGGAGAAGACAGAGAAAGAAGAAAAAGGAACAGAAAAAGAAGCGAAAAAAGAAAAGGAAGAUGAACCCACAGGGAAUCUUCAUCUUCAUCGCGACAAAUUUGGAGAAACAGCACCUGAGGGCCUUGCAAAUUCAAAUAUAGACGGAAGGCAAGUUAGUGGAGGGACACGAGAGCAGGCAUUAUGGAUUCCGCCAUCUUCAGAAGUCCAGCAGGGUUUGUCGGGUCAGCCCACAGUGUCACAUUCUUCACAGACUUCCGAGAAGGCGUCACAUGGCGAUGACUCUCACAUGGACCCGCAAGUAUUUUUGCACUUGUGUGGACAACCAACACCCAUUUUGUGGACCCCAGGCGGCUUUGUUCCAACACAUACUGAGACACUAAAUGCCUCAGAUGACAAUGGAGACGGCGUCUCGCAACAGACUGAUCCUCACCUUUUGCAGGUACCUGCUCCCGAGGUAUGGACGGAGACUGAGAACCUCCUACAUUCUCCUAGUGAGCCAAUGUCACUACGUCAGGUCGCGGAGAACAUUGAGAUGUGGAUUCUUGAUAUUGGUUCAGAAGGCCUGCUUGCCAAAGGAGAGGGAUCUGUCUCGUCUAGCGAUUCUUUAGAUGAAACGACGGGAGUACCUCUACCUGACUUUGGUGGGGACAACGCCUUCCCGGAAGUGCACAGUGACAACCGUCAAAUACUUUCUGAUGGUGGUCCCGGUGGGGCGAAUGGGUAUUCAGCUCUGCUACAACUGGGAAUUGGUAGCCGCAGCCCUGAAGAAGAAACUUCGACUUCUUCAUCAGGAGGUGUACUUGUCAAAGAAGAGGGGGAAGAAGAAGCUGGAGAGAGGUGCUUGCACUCUGCGGUGCCUCGUUGUGGAGCAGGGGACCCCUCAACUGUCAUGCACGAGACUACCCGAGGGACGUCACGGCAGAGUGCUGCAAAGGAGAGUUCAUCCCUCCAGCUCAGGAGCAGAAGCGGAAAGGACAGCAAAAUAGAUAAAACGCAACCAAAGCGUUCAUAUAGGUCCCGUCGCUCUACGAAGAAGGAAAAAAAUUCCGGAGCAGCAGCAGCUAACUCGGCGGUGAUUCAGGAUGAUUUUGUACCGAUAAACAUAACAGAACCGAGUGACUUUACAGAUAAAUCGGAAAGCCUCAGAGCAAAGCCUGCGGCAGAAGCAAAUGUUUUAGAAAAGCAACUGUCGGCUUCUGGCACAGGCGAAAAUGCAGGCCCUAACACGACGAUAGGUGAACUAUCAACGGAGGAAGCUUCAGCAAAAGAAGCGUCGGUCCGCUCAUGGGGCAACCGGAUCUGGGCUUUCUUUGGGAGGGAAGCCGAGGCAGAAAGAGCCAACGCUGGCGAGGACAACCCGAUGGACGUCGUAGAGCGAACUCUUCCUUUUGAAGAUCCUGCGGUUGUCCAACGGGAUGACCACCGCGCAUUCCCUAGCGAAACGUCUCUCCUCCUCGAGUCCAUAAAGCAAGAACCUACGCUGCAGUUUCUCAGUCCUCAGCAACAAAGAUACGUUGCAUCUCUCAUGCGGCGAGACAUUUUUCCCGCAUCAACUGCUGUCGUGGAGGAAGGAGCAGAGCCUUCUCUCAUGUGGUGUAGUUCAGGCGAAUUUGAAGUUUCUCAAGCAGGCUUCUUUGGUGCUUCAGUUGUACGGUCGAUGACUCCAGGGGAAUUUUUUGGUCUGGAAGAGUUAGUUUCUGGAGAAAAGCUCAAGUACACAUUGACCUCUCGGCAAAGCGCCAGCGAAUGCGCGUUAUGGGUACUAGACAGAGAUAUAUUUAACGAUUCAGUUAAGGAUAUGUUGUCAAAGCGGAGGGCAUUUGUCCCUGUCGCCCAGUCUUUCCUUCACACGGUUCGUCUUAUUAGGGACCUACCGGAAGAAGAGAUUGCCGCCGUCGCUAAGGCGUGCAAGGUAGAGAGGUUUGCUGAAGGCCAGACUGUCUUCAAGAUGGGUUUUCAUGGCGAUAUGUUUUGUUUUAUAUAUAAGGGUGAAGCCAUCACCCAGAAACCUCAAGAUGAUGGAGGAUUCCUUGAGCUUGCGAGACAGGGGAAAGGAGAGUAUUUUGGAGAAAUGGCGCUGAUACGGAACACCAGACGUACGGCGUCAGUCGUCGCAGGGACGGAACUAGUAUUGUUCUGUCUAGACAAGGAGUCAUUUGAAACCCUUCUCUCCCCGCUUAAAGAAAAAAUGGCAGCAAAGGCGGCCUCUACAUACAAGCGGCAGGACGAUGCACCAGCGACUCAAAAUGAGGGAAAGCCUGCAGAGACCACUACCUUGGAUCCUAUGCUUGCCACUCGCGAUGCCGCCGAGGCUUGUGCGAAAAAGCGCACCCGCAAAAACUCUCUUGCGCUGCUUAAUUAUUCAAAAAUUAGGGAUCAAGAGAGGCAGGCGGAGAAUGGGGAAGGUGACGCAACUGAAGAGAAGUUCACGGCCCGCUGGCGAUUGGCCCGCGAACCAGAGUCCAUUCACGAACCUCCUCCGCUUUGCGCGCAAGGAGGUCGAAGCUGCCUUAAAGAGAACAAUCCGCAGGGUAAAUGCCGCAAACGCAAAUCCCCUGUUAGGUUUGACGAAGGCUCUCUUUUGCCGUCCGAAUCCUCGUCCGAUGGAGACUGA